AUGGGUUUUCUUUAUUCACAAUUCUUCGUUACUCCCAAGUAUCCAACAGAGUCUUUCGCCGAUCAGACAGUGCUCAUCACCGGCGCGAAUGUCGGCUUAGGGCUAGAAGCUGCACGUCAUGUCACGCGACUAGGCGCAGCAAAAGUCAUCCUAGGUGUUCGAAAUGUGACUGCAGGCAACGCUGCAAAGGAGGAAAUUGAGAAUUCUACCGGUCGCCCGGGCGUCUGUGAAGUAUGGGAGGUCGAUCUGGCUUCCCACGCCUCGGUCCUUGCGUUUGGUGACCGCGCCUCAAAGCUCCCCAGGCUGGACGUAGCCAUCCUCAACGCAGCGAUUGCCACACAGAAUUUUAGCAUUGCCGAAGGCUAUGAGCAAAGUGUCACUGUCAAUGUCAUCAACAGUCUAGCCCUCGGCCUGCUCCUCCUGCCAAUCUUGAAAGCCACACGACGAAAGAACACGUCGCGCACGCCGCGACUUAGCUUCGUUGUCAGUGAGGUGCACGCAUGGGUGAAAUUCCCAGAGUGGAAGGAAGAUGAGCCGAUGAAGUUCGUCAGCGACCAAGCAAGAGCCAAGAUGGGCGAGCGGUACCCAUUAUCGAAGCUACUCGAGGUGCUUCUUGUACAGGCACUCGCAGACCGGGUGCGUGAAUCUGAGGUGGUCGUCAAUAUGCUCAACCCUGGUCUCUGCCACUCACAGCUGGGGCGGGAUUCUGGCUUUUGGCUCACACUAUUGAAGAUGGUGAUGGCGCGAUCCACUGAGGUCGGAUCUCGAACCCUGGUGGCGGGCGCAGUGGCUGGACAGGAAAGCCACGGCGCAUAUAUGACAGAUGGGCUCGUGGACAACGCUGCGCUUUCACCUUUUGUCCGCAGUGAUGAGGGGCGUCAAGCCCGUGAGAAACUAUGGGCUGAGCUGUCGUCGAUCCUUGAGCGUGUGUAUCCUGGAAUUAUGCAGAAUGUGUGA